CAUUAGAUUUUUACUCUCUCUCUCUACUUCCUCCUCCGCGGUGGUUUUCAACGGAACCUCCGAUUACCCCGAUCCGACGUUCCAACUCACAAUACCGGAAACCUAGUUCAUCUCACCAGAUCCGUUCGCUUUUCAUCCAAUCUAUUCUUCAGAUUCGACCACCAUCAAACCCCUACACCUGAUUUGUAUUUGCAUUUUCAAAUUCAAAUUCAUGGCCAAGGAUUUCAACAUCCCGCCGGUCAUUUUCCCGGGAGGCGGAACCCCCGCCGCAAGUGUCCAACAGCGGCGGCUUCCAACUGCUCCAUUCCAACCACCACGAUCGGCUAACUCUAGCAUCCCGUUCAUGUCAUUUGAUGUUGGAUCCGCCGCUGCAUCCACAUCCUUCACGACGCCUCAAUUUGGCAGCAGCAGCAGCAGCGCGGUCGGAAUCGGAAUGGGAUUCGAAUACGAGCCGCCCCUACUAGAAGAACUUGGGAUAAACACGAAACAAAUCUGGAAUAAAACAAUUUCAAUCAUAAACCCGAUCAGAGUGAACGCGGAUCUCCACGAAGACGCUGAUCUAUCAGGCCCUUUCUUGUUCUUAUUGGCUUUCGGUCUAUUCCAAUUGCUGGCAGGGAAGCUGCAUUUUGGAAUCCUCUUGGGAUGGGUAACCAUGGCGUCUCUGUUUUUGUAUGUUGUGUUCAAUAUGUUGGCAGGAAGGAAUGGGAAUUUGGAUGUUUACAGAUGCUUGAGUUUGAUCGGGUACUGUAUGUUGCCAAUGGUAAUGUUAUCGGCGGUGGCGUUGUUCCUUCCUCAAGGCGGCGCUGCAAUUUUCGUGAUGGCGGGGAUUUUUGUGAUUUGGUCGACGAGGGUUUGCACCAGGCUUCUGGUGGAGCUUGCAUCCUGUGGGGAUGAACAUCGUGGGCUUAUUGCGUAUGCAUGUUUCUUGAUUUACAUGCUAUUCUCGCUGUUAGUGAUAUUUUGAGGUUGGUCUGUCGUCUUUCUUACACUAUACUGAUCAAUAUAGCAUUUUGAGUAUGCUCUCUUGUGCAUCUGUUUAAAUUAUCUAUUGGAAAAGAGCUGCCUUUCUCUU